AUGGUAGAUAGUAUUCUGGUAGGGUGUGUAAGAGAGGACCUUUCAGGGCACGCGUAUGAACAGAUGCAUCGUUAUUCAUUUCCAGGCAGAUCCACAAGUCCAGUAUGGUACACCAGUUCUAAUGCUAGGGGGGAAAACAGAAUGAAAGCUGAAGAGAGAUAA